CCUUUUCACUGUAGGCUGGCAACUCUCCUAACAGUCUACUGAAGCCAAAUCCUUGAGGAGAAAGAGAGUAAGGAGCCAGCCAUGAAUCCUUUCCAGAAAAAUGAGUCCAAGGAAACUCUUUUUUCACCUGUUUCCACUGAAGAGGUACAGCCUAGACCUUCCAGCCCUCCAAAGUGGUCACCUCCGAAAAUCUGUGGCUCCAGCUAUCCACUGAGCAUUGCCUUCAUUGUGGUGAAUGAGUUCUGUGAACGCUUUUCCUAUUAUGGCAUGAAAGCUGUGCUGACCCUGUAUUUCCUGUAUUUCCUACAUUGGAGUGAAGACACCUCCACAUCUGUAUACCAUGCAUUCAGCAGCCUCUGUUAUUUCACUCCUAUCCUGGGAGCAGCUAUUGCUGAUUCGUGGUUGGGAAAAUUCAAGACAAUCAUCUACCUCUCCCUGGUGUAUGUGCUUGGCCAUGUGUUAAAGUCCUUGGGUGCAAUUCCAAUACUGGGGGGAAAACUGGCACACACAAUCCUGUCCUUGAUUGGCUUGAGUCUAAUAGCUUUGGGAACAGGAGGUAUCAAACCCUGCGUGGCAGCUUUUGGUGGAGACCAGUUUGAAGAAAAGCAUGCAGAGGAACGAACCAGAUACUUCUCAGUCUUCUACCUUUCCAUCAAUGCAGGAAGCUUGAUUUCUACAUUCAUCACACCCAUGCUGAGAGGAGAUGUGCAAUGUUUUGGGGAAGACUGCUAUGCAUUGGCUUUUGGAGUUCCAGGAUUGCUUAUGGUAAUAGCACUUGUUGUGUUUGUGAUGGGAAGCAAAAUGUACAAGAAACCACCUCCUGAAGGAAACAUAGUGGCUCAAGUUAUCAAAUGUAUCUGGUUUGCUAUCUCCAACCGCUUCAAGAACCAGAACCGCGCUCGGAACGUUCCAAAGCGUCAGCACUGGUUGGACUGGGCAGCCGAGAAAUACCCAAAGCAGCUCAUCAUGGAUGUGAAGGCAUUGACCAGGAUACUGUUCCUAUAUAUUCCAUUGCCCAUGUUCUGGGCUCUUUUGGAUCAGCAGGGCUCACGAUGGACACUGCAAGCCACUAAGAUGAACGGGAAUUUGGGUUUUUUUGUGCUUCAGCCAGACCAGAUGCAGGUGCUAAAUCCUUUUCUGGUUCUUAUCUUCAUACCAUUGUUUGACCUUGCCAUUUAUCGGCUGAUUGCCAAAUGUGGAAUCAACUUCUCAUCACUUAGGAAAAUGGCUGUUGGUAUGAUCCUAGCAUGCCUGGCAUUUGCAGUUGCAGCUAUUGUGGAGAUAAAAAUAAAUGGAAUGGCCCCGCCUCAGCCAGGAUCCCAAGAAAUUUUCCUUAAAGUCUUAAACUUGGCAGAUGAUGAGGUGGAAGUGACAGUGCUGGGGAAUGGAAAUAAUUCUCUUCUGGCAGAGUCCAUCAAAUCCUUUCAGAAACCAACACACUAUCUCAAACUGCACCUGCACUCAAAAAGCCAGUAUUUUCACUUCCAUCUGAAGUAUCACAAUUUGUCUGUCCACACUGAACACUCUGUAGUGGAGAAUAACCGGUACACUGUGAUCCUUCAUGCAGAUGGGAACAUUAUCUCCAGCAUGAUGGUAAAGGAUGCAGAAAACAAAACAAACAAUGGAAUUACAGCUGUCAGGUUUAUUAACACUUUGCACAAAGAUGUGAACAUCUCCUUGGGUACAGAUGGCCCCCUCACUGUUCAUAAAGACUACGGUGUGUCUGCUUACAGAACAGUCCCAAGAGGAGAAUACCCUGCAGUACCUUGUAAAACGGAAGAUAAGGAAUUUUCUCUGAAUCUGGGUCUCCUAGACUUUGGUGCAUCCUAUCUGCUUGUUAUCAGUAAUAUCACCAACAAAGGUCUUCAGGUCUGGAAGACAGAGGACACUCUAGCCAAUCAAAUGUCCAUUGCAUGGCAACUACCACAAUAUGCCCUAGUUACAGCUGCAGAGGUCAUGUUCUCUGUCACAGGACUUGAGUUUUCUUAUUCUCAGGCUCCAUCUAGCAUGAAAUCUGUGCUACAGGCAGCCUGGUUGCUGACAGUUGCAUUUGGGAAUAUUAUCGUGCUUGUUGUUGCACAGUUCAGUGGCCUGGUACAGUGGGCUGAAUUCAUUUUGUUUUCCCUACUUUUGCUGGUGGUCUGCCUGAUCUUCUCCAUCAUGAGCUACUACUAUGUUCCUGUAAAGUCAAAGGAGAUUCAUGGGCCAGAAGAUAAACAGAAUCUUCAUAUGCAAGGAAAAAUGGUCAACCUAGAGACCAAGAAUACAAAGCUCUGAUGAUCCCCUGGACCAAUCCUAAUUCCUGGCCAUGGUCUUGGCCAUCACUCAGCUGCAAGCAUUUGUCUGUCCUAAUGGGUUAAUAGAAAAAGGUAGCUGAUCUUCUCCACCUCUCUCAUAUGAGAGAGGUAACUUUAGGGCUGGGGCUUCUAGUACAUCUUUAAACAAGGUACCUACACUAUAUAUCUUCCCAUUUAUUAAUGAACUCAGUAAAUCCCAAGUAGUGUAGUUCAAGCUGGCCUGGUAUCUCAAAUGGCCACAAAAAUACAAAAGUAUAGUUAAGACAAACCUUUGUGGGUAUGCAGAAUAAUGCGUGAUUCCCUCGCAGGUCCUUGCCAUUUGGGGUGCUGGUUUAGGGGCAAAAAUGGAAAAUAGAAACAUGGUACUUCAAGUUUCUUUAUCAGCACUAUAACUGUGCUAUUCACAAAGACCUCAGAGAUGGUGUGUAUGGGAGAUAGAUUUGGUUUAGGGGCUGGAUUGUCAGCUUUCCAUGUGUGAUAGGGUCUUUUAUGGUAGGAGACAGAAUGUUAUUUUAUUAAUAUAUGUAUAUAAUACAUAUGUAUCUGAUUGCCGUAGUAUUAUAUACACUCACUGAAACCACAUUAAAGAUAAUAAAUAUUAUUAAAUAUAGUCCUGGAGAACAAGAGUAUUUAUAAAUUGUAGAAAUCCUGAUCAGCCAUUCAUUAUUCUACAAUGAACAUUCUUCCUAGGAUUAUGAUGUUUCAGCCAUGGACUAUUCCCUUCUGUAGAUAGCUGUACAGACAGUAACUAUAAUUUUGCAACUUAAUCUUUUCAGGGUUGCUGGGACUUCUUUUUCUUAUUAUAUUUUGUCUUGCAUAUUGAAGCAAAUCAUUAAUAACAUUAUUUUUAUAAAUGCAACUUCCUUUAUUAAUUUUUCCACUUAGCCUCAAAGUAGUAGCUUUGUUUUAAAGUUUUUCCUGGUUUACUUUUCUCAUAACCUUGAAAUGCCCUUUCUUCGAAAUGUCUCGGAAACUUUCUAUCUAGUCAAAAAAGACUAAUAUUAGUGUUUUAGGUUUGAAAUUCUAAGUGGUGAUACUCAAUAAAAGGGCAUGGAUUUACAUGAAGAUCUUAUAAGAAUCUGUGUGUGGUGGGAGUAGAGCAUAAGCAGGUUUUGCUUGUGUGCUUAUGUAUGUAUGAAAAAGUUGAGAAAUUCACCUCGCCCGCAAUGAAUGAAUCAGGACACCGACCUGGGGAAUAUUAUGACUGCGUACUGUGUCACCAGAGGGAAAAGUUUAGAAUCAUUGUACUAGAAAGCUUUGCUUCCAUGCUUUCUAUUCCAGUUUCAUCUAAAACAGUGUUGGUCUCACAGUGUUAAUGAUAUAAUGGCUAAACAAAUUUGAUUCUUAGUUCUUGUCACAGUUCCUUACAAGGCACAGGUUUUUCCUUUUACCACAAUGGUUCCCCUCUUCUCAGUAAGUAUUCUUAACUGAUAGGCAGAAAUUAAAAUCAAGGUAUUUUAAUAUGUGUCACCUGGGGCCAAAUGUAACAUUCUAGAAGUUUGUCUGACCGGAAGAGCUUGUAUUUGCCAUUCUCUAGUUCCUCAAGCUCUAUACCUUUCAAUCUUAAUAAUCAAGAGUUGAGAAGAA